GUAUGUACCAUCGUCCAGUGGUCCAGCUGAUAAGUCAUCAUUGGAGCGGCCAAUAUCCUAUUCCGGCUAUGGAUCUUGUGGCUGGGGCGGUGGGCAGCGUCAUCGGCGAGCUGCUCCAGCCUUCAUCUUGAACUCAACCACCCAUCAAUCCUUCGUUCUUUCCUCAAGCACAAUCCAAGAGCUGAACCAGCAAGGUUUCAUCUCAAGAGCUAGGCAUGGAUCUUGUGGCCGGGGCGGUGGGUAGUGUCAUCGGCAAGCUCGGCGAGCUGCUCCAGGCGGAGUACAAGCUGCAGAAGGGCCUGCCUCAGCAAAUCGAGUCUCUGAAACAUGAGCUCGAGAGUGCGCAGACGGCUCUCAGCAAGGUCGGCGAGGUGCGGCCGGAGCAGCUGGAUCCACAGGUCCGGCUGUGGGCUAGCGAGGUCAGGGAGGCGUCCUACGACAUGGAGGACAUCCUCGACACCUGCCUUGUCAGCAUCCUCGACGUAGACGCCCCAGCUGAUAACAAGAGUGGCCUGCUCAAACGUCUCCUCAAGAAUAUUGCCGACUUCCUCAAAAAGAGCAAGCCGCGCCACACCAUCGCCGGCGCCAUCGAGGACAUGAAGAAGCGACUCCAGGAGGUGGCUGACCGCCGUAACAGGUUCUCCGUUGCGGUGGCUCUGCCUUCCCCGGCGACGAAGCCGGAUCCUCGCCUUGCGGACAUGCACAAAGAAGCGAAGCAGCUCAUCGGCAUUGACAAUCCGAGGGCAGAGCUCAUAGCCAUGCUUCUGCCUGAUCUCAAAAACAAAAAAAGAAAAGCCAUGCUUCUGCCGGCGUUCGGAGAUUCUGACGUCUCCGGUGGCAGCAGAAGCAGCAGAAAGAUGAAGAUAGUUUCUGUGGUUGGAGUUGGGGGACUGGGCAAGACAACUCUUGCCAAGGCGGUUUACGAUGAGCUUCAAUCGCAAUAUGAUUGUGGAGCCUUUCUUUCCAUUGGCCGGGAACCUGACCUGGCGCAAGUCCUCAUCAACAUAUUGCAACAUCUCGACAUAAACAAAUACACGGCCAUUCACAAUGUAAAGGACCAAUCCCUGCUCAUUGUAGAACUCCGAAAAUUCCUCCAAAACAAGAGGUACUUCAUCGUCAUUGAUGAUGUAUGGGACAUAACAACUUGGAACAUAAUCAAAUCAGCUUUUGUUAACAAUGACACUGGAAGUAUAGUAAUCACAACUACUCGCAAUCGAGAUGUAGCCAGCAGGGAGGAGGUUUACGAGCUAUGCACACUUUCCCCUUAUCACUCAGAGAAAUUAUUCAAAACGAGGCUAUUUGGUGUUAAUGGUGAAUAUCCUGCUAAUCACCCUGCGGAGGCAUCUGAAAAUAUUCUGAAAAAAUGUGGUGGUAUACCAUUAGCUAUCAUCACAAUGGCCAGUUUGUUGGUAGGUAAAUCAAGAGAAGAUUGGUUUGAUGUGUGCAACUCUCCUGGUUUCUAUCGUGGUAAUAAGGGUAACCAGCAAGUAGAUGAUACUGAGUGGAUAUUGUCUCUUAGCUACUAUGAUAUGCCUUCUUAUCUAAGGACCUGCUUACUGUAUCUAAGUGUGUAUCCAGAAGAUUAUGAGAUUGAUAAACAUUCUUUGAUAUGGAAAUGGAUAGCCGAAGGUUUUGUGGAGAAGAGAAGAGGAACCAGCUUGUUUCAGCAGGGAGAGGAAUACUUCAAUCAGCUCAUAAAUAGAAGCAUGAUCCAGGCGGUCGAGCCAUCAGAUGACAGCAGGGAAAUAGAAGUAUGUGGCUGUCGAGUUCAUGACAUGGUGCUUGAUCUCAUCCGUGACUUAUCAUAUAAAGAAAACUUUGUGACUAUCUCAAAUGAUGGUGAAGGAACAUCACCACAUCAGAACAGGGUGCGCAGGUUAGCUCACCAGAACAGAAUUAUGAAGCAAACUCAGCAGGACGAUCACACGGACAUGGCACACGUGAGGUCAUUGGUUGCCUGUGAUUGUGAUAUUGAGAAUUUGGUCUUGCAUCCAAGCUACAAACUCUUGCGAGUGCUAGAUUUAGAGGGAUGCACAGUACCUUCGGAAGUAUGGCAGGGUCUUAAGCACCUUGGAAAUCUACUUCAUUUGAGGUACCUUGGUCUACGAAGUACACGUGGUUGUUAUGAGCUCCCACAAGAAAUAGGAAAACUGAAGUUUCUACAGACACUUGACUUGGAAGAUUCUGAAAUAGUGGUACUGCCAUCAUGCGUUUGCCAGUUAACACAGUUGGUUUUCCUACGUGGUGACUUUCGUACAUGCGCCCCGGAUGGGUCAUUCCUUAGGAAGGUCACAUCAUUAGAGUACCUGAGUAUACGUAUUUAUAACCUGGCUAAGGAGUCCCAGCGGCAAUUUAUGAAGGACGUUGGCAACCUGAGUGAAGUCAGGGUGCUCUGCAUUAGAGGUAGUUGGGAAGGGAUGGUGCAGUUAGAUCUAGUGCAUUCACUCGGCAAUCUCCACAAACUCCAGCAUCUGGAACUGAGGGAGGAUCUAAAUAGCAAUGGUGAAGCCGCAACGAGGGAGUGGGACAGAGUGGUGCUUCCGUGGCAUCUUCGGCAUUUGGAUUUAGAUCCUAUACUAUUCCGUCAGCUGCCAUCAUAUAUUAGUCCCGCGCAUCUCCCCAUCCUUGGCUACUUGUGUUUGCGUGUGGAUCAUAUGGAUGAGGCAGGUCUGAGAGCCCUGGGUGCAUUGCCAGAGCUCCGUUUCCUCGAGUUGUCAACGCCUCGGCCAUCGAUGGCUUGCACAGCAACUGUAGCUAAUAUAAAUACUGCGCCCGAUGGCUUCUUCAAGAAGUUGAGAUGUUGCUUGUUGCAUGGCUGGAUGGUCCAGUUGGUGCUCAACGAGGACUCCAAUGGUGUUUCGUUUAGCAUCUUGAAGGGGAUGGGUGUUGUAGCCUUUGGUUCCAAAACAAAGGAUGAGUACAGCAGAUCAAUAGCACCACCACCUGUGAUGCCGAACCUCCAAGAGCUUUGGUUUGACGUUCUCGCCAGGGCCUUAUAUAAGGAUGGAAACCGUACCUGCGGUGAUCUCGGGCUGAAGUGCCUCCCUUCACUUCGCACUAUCCAAAUAGAUGUCAAUUGUGAUGGUGCCUCUACUAAUGAUGUGGAGAAAGCAGAGAGUGAGCUGAGGAAUGCAGCACAACUCCAUCCCAACGGCCCAAGAAUCGAACUCGAACUAUUCAAUCAAUGGACAGACCAAGAUGACACAGAGUCCGACGAUGGUGAUAAUGUUUCCGCGAAAGAAGAGUAAGGAGGGCCCUCAGCAGCUGGCAAUGAAGUUGCUGUCACGGAGGUGUCUGCAGGCGUUUGGAGGUGCGUAAGCGUAUGCCGGGUUGAUUCAUGUUGCAGGGUGUCUGCAGGCAGAGAUUAACACCACCUCUUGAUCACGUUCCUUCCACUUUGCUGGGCUGGCUUGCUGUUCUGUCGGAGUUACUGAUGGAGUCAGUGUCGGUCUACUAAUGCUACUACGUUACCUGAAUCGUCUGUGUAGAUGUUCUUGGCUUCAUCCAAGUUUCAGUUUCCUGCUGUAUCAGACGUGUAAUGAUAUCUGAGCUGCUGGUUUGUUGGUUUCUUCCAUUUGGCUGUGUCAUGUACGUCGUGCAAAUAACUUUGGGACAUAUAUUAUGCUGUCCUCCUCGUUUUGUUUCAUAUUUUCA